AUGUUGCGAGCAGUGUCGCGUCAAGCGUUCUCGCUCCUCCGUUCGAAUUAUUCGACGGCGCCACCGGCGGCCGGCGGACUCAGUGACCAAUUGCGAAAACGGAUCGACGGACUCGUGCAGAAGGACGACGUCGUCGUUUUUAUGAAGGGCACGCAGCAGGAGCCCGCGUGCGGAUUCUCCCGAAACGUCAAAUUGGUACGGGCGAAUGACGGAUGCUUUGAAAAAUCGCCCAUUUUUGCAGGUGCUCGACUUUCACAACGUCAAGUUCCAGGACUACAACGUGCUGUCGGACGCGGAACUGCGCGAGGGCGUCAAAGUGUACAGCGAGUGGCCGACGAUUCCGCAGGUGUACGUGAAGGGCGAGUUCGUCGGCGGCUGCGAUAUUCUCGUCUCGAUGCACAAAGACGGCGAGAUUAGCGAUUUUUUGGACGAGAAGGGAAUUCCUAACAAAUACGGAUCGAAAUAG